AUGAGCGACACGACCGGCUCGUUGGCUUCGAUAGCCACGACCACGCUUAUCGCUGCUACUGGUACCCUAGCUAUUCCAACACCCUCUCACACACUAUACUAUCAUGCAGCAAAUUCUUCAAGUCCAGGACAGGACUCGAAUGAAGAGGCAGGAGAAUGCAAGUUACUUGGUCCAUUCUCUGUGUUUGUGCAGAUUGCUCUUGGCGGUCUCGCAUUAUUAUCUCUAGUCUUCAAGAGAUGGAGAGAACGACCACAACGCCCGGUGAAGGUCUGGGCCUUUGACGUCUCAAAACAAGUCUUCGGAUCGGUGAUGCUUCAUAUGUUAAAUCUGGUCAUGUCGAUGUUUUCUGCGGGUCAGCUGGAGAUUCGAAACUCAUACAAGCCGAACCCAUGCUCGUUCUACUUACUGAACCUGGGAAUCGACACUACGCUCGGUAUCCCCAUUCUAAUCCUGCUUCUCCGUGUGCUCAAUUAUUUGGCAUCCUACACACCUCUUGCGAACCCCCCAGAAUCGAUAGAGUCGGGAAAUUAUGGCCAGCCCCCACGGGUAACAUGGUGGCUCAAACAGGCCAUAGUUUAUUUUAUGGGAUUGCUUGGCAUGAAGAUAUGUGUCUUCUUCCUCAUCCAACUCUUACCUUUCAUUGUCAAAAUCGGUGACUGGGCUCUAAGAUGGACAGAAGGCAACACUGCUGUCCAGAUCUUUUUCGUCAUGCUUCUUUUCCCAGUCAUCAUGAACGCCAUACAAUAUUAUAUCAUCGACAUAUUCAUCAAGAAACCAGUCUCACAGUACGCGGUGGAUGACACGAUUGAACAUGCUACCACAGACGAUGAUGCUGCCCGUCGGGAGGCUCUUCUUGCCGGCCUGGACGAGACAUAUUCAUCUGAUUCCGAUGAUGAAGAACCUGGGAAAUCUUCAAGAACCACCUCGCAGCCAAAGGCUACUGCAGACGCUCUCGCUCUACAAGAAUCCGAGCACUUACUUCCUGAGGAUCACAAUCCUGUUCCUCCAUAUGAACCUCCGAGCUCGAGUAGCAGUGGAGAUGAGCCUGACCCAAAGGCUAGUUCAACAUAUCACUAA